UGGCAUUUCCAAUGAAAGUUGGAUGAAAGUAGCAAAGUCCGGAAAAACGCUUCUAACUCCGAUUAUGAUCGAAGAAAUAACUGAUCCUAUGUCUAUCACAAUGGCAGCAACGCAUUUCUCAGAGGCUGUGGAGGCAGGCAUGAGAAAUAAUGGUGACAUUCAUAGUGCUGAAUUAUGUAAAGAAGUUCGCCAAUGGUGGGAGUCGGAAGACAAACCGGGAAUUUCAGCAAGUGAAAGAUACUCACUCAGACGAGAUUUAAGAAAGCGAUUGUUAGAAUGUGUAGACUUUAAAUCGUUUCCUCCGCCAACCAGUUAUGUUAGAGGUUGGCCGAUACAACUGUGGGAGGCUUUGUUAGCGAAUAUGGAUGCUAAAGCCUACUUAUACACUUUGUGUCGUGGAGAGACUUACAAUGUAAGAGCUUUCAGUUCAAUGAUCGGUGAAACGUUUUUUUCAGAGGUUACACUCAAUGAUAGAAGAGGACAAGGCACGGUGUCCUGCAAAGAAUUUGGUCAGUUUAUAGGCAAUGCUUUGGAGCAAGUUCAAAUUCGCCUAGACCCCGACAGAAAAUUCUCUUACAACACAUGUCGGUCAACAGUAUAUAAUCUUGUGGAGAAAGCAGAACCGGAGCAUACUGGAGACGUUGGGAUAAGCACUAGGAACACGGCGCAAAAUAACUUGCCAGACAACAUCACGCUAAAAUCUCAUACCUUUGACAUGCCAGAAAGAGGAAGACUUGCUGGAAAGAAUAAAUGCUCGACUGUGUCUCUUGAUAGAAAUUCGUUACAGAAGGGCUCUCUUGGAGUCAGAUGGGAAAAGGCUAGAACUAACGAAUCAAAGAUGCUGCCAUCACAGCGAAUGGGAAUUCAAUAUGAUCAAAAUGAGACGACGGUUCUAAAGAAAUAAACUGCUAACCAUAAAGUGGAACGUUCAUUAUUUACAUUUCGGUGUCUGGAAGGUACUGAAGGAACUCAGCUUUGUUCUUUGUUCAACACAAUAAACAAAUAUGUUGCAUUUAAUAGAUGUUCUAAAAUUGAGGUAUACACAUGUACAUACAUUCAGAGAAAUAUUCUUUCUAUUAUCCUUUUUCAUUGAGGUUCAAACUAUAGCACUAGUCUUUUUCAUCUGGUACCUUUGGACAUUGUGGUAGCUUCUUUAAAGUAUAUAUUUAGAUUCGCAAUUUGUACACAUGGCUAUUUGUUAAUAUCAGACGGAAUGAGAUAAUAAAAGUUCCCUGGCAAAUGGCUUUAGUUUAUAUAAAUUGAACAUCUUUAUACAUGUACAGUGGGUGCAAGAAAUAUAAAGAACAUGAUGUAAUGAAAAUAUUAUUUAUUUACCUGAGAUAAUCAAGAGAAAAAUCACAUCAAUUUGUAAGUAAACAGUAACUGUGGUAAAAGGAAAU